AUGUAUUGCUUCUUAUUUAUCGAAAAAUCCGGUCAGUUUGUGUCGGAUGAAGAGAUCACUCGGUUCUCCAAGUUGUUCGAAGAUCAAAUCACUUUGGAUUCUCUGGAAGUAAAUCAACUAAAAAUGCUUUGUCGGUUGCUGUCACUACCCACGAUUGGUCCAAGCAAUCUACUCCGGUUUCAGUUGCAAAUGCGUGUGCGUCAACUGAAGGCAGAGGAUCGCUUGUUGGCCAAAGAGGGAGUAGACUCAAUCCCCACAUGGGAGCUGCAGACCCUGUGUCAGGAUCGCGGUAUGCGGUCUGUUGGUUUGACGGAAGAGCGGUUGCGGAACCAACUCGCUCAGUGGUUGAACUUACAUCUGGUGAAGAACGUCCCUGUUACAUUGCUUCUGUUUUCACGAGCACUUCAUGUGUCCAAGGCCUCAGCAGCCGAAUUGCCCUUGAAAGAGGCAAGUCUGUCCAGUGCUUCGCAAAUUUUCAGUGCUUCAUUUUCCAGUAUACGACAAAAUUCAGCAUCUAAUCACAUCAAAUCUUCCUCUGCCUCUAAAAUUAUACCGCUGUUGAGCCUUUUAGUUUGGUAA